CACCGCUUCAGCCUGCGCGCGCUGGUUCCGUGUUCUCGGCUGGUCCUGCCCCGUCGCGCCGCCGCCCGCGAAAAUGUGACUGCGCUAGGGGCUCGAGGUCUCCGUCCACGGAAUCCAGCGGCGCGAGGCCACGGCGCGUGUUUGGGGAAUUGUUCUUCAGCAGAAAGAUGCCUUUUGAUUGGACGAUCAGCUGCCUCCACGCGGAGGUGAGAGCAGCCCCACUGCGACAGUGGAAUGCUAAGGGGCCCUAGUUUCAGACCUCUGAAAUCUGUGGCCCUCUAGUGAAGAUGGCGGCCCAGAGGAGACACCUGGUCAGGGACUUUAACCGGUACAUUACCUGCUCCAUGUGCCGCGGAUACCUGAUCAAACCCACCGCCGUCACAGAAUGCCUGCACACGUUCUGUAAGAGCUGUAUUGUCCAGCAUUUUGAGGAGAGUAAUGAGUGUCCUGAAUGUGGCAUUCAGGUUCAUGAAACGAACCCUCUGGAAAUGCUGAGGCUGGAUAAGACCCUGGAAGAAAUAAUCUUUAAGCUUGUGCCUGGUCUUCGUGAGAAGGAGGAACAGCAAGAAAUUGAAUUCUGGAGGAAGAAUAAAUCCAGAGCGAAUGGUGAAGAAGGCCCCAGACCCAAGAGGAUUCGGCUCAGUGAAGAAGAUGAUGAGAAAGAUGAUGAGCAGGGUGGUGAUUACCACAGGAGUGACCCCCAGAUCGCCAUAUGCCUAGACUGCCUGCGAAACAACAGCCAGUCUGGAGAGAGUAUAGUAAAAGUGUGUGGCCUGAUGAAGAAGUUCAUCCGUUGCUCCACCCGCGUCACUGUGGGCACCAUUAAGAAGUUUCUCUGUGUUAAGCUGAAGUUGCCCAGUUCUUAUGAGCUGGAUGUUUUAUGUAAUGGGGAAAUCAUGGGGAAGGACCACACCCUGGAAUUCAUCUACCGAACCCGCUGGAGACUGCAGGGAGACAGUGUGUAUCCCAUGGUUCUGGAGUACAGGCCUCGCAUAGACUUCGGCUAAAACAGAACAAAAGCACUUGGCCGUGCGAAGAUGCUGUUUUUGAGUCCUGACCGAACUUGUGUGACGGACAAAACAAGUGGAUGUGGCUCCUUAGAAAUAUCAGUAACCCAACUUGACCGACAUGGCUGCACUUCGGUUCCACCUGACCUCGGCCUGGCUCCGCCCCCUGCAGCAGCAUGUACGGCUACUCCUGUAAGACUUUUGUUGCUUGCUGUCUUCAUGACAACACAUCCACGUGAGGUGAAACGUUUGGGAGUUUGCUGCCAAGGACAAACAGGGUUGUGAUGGACAGAAAACAAAAAGCACUUAAAAAUGCACUUCAGUCACGUGAAAGGAAAGACUACGAAUACGGUUUUGUCUCAUAGGGUCACGCGUACAUAGGUUAAGUAGAGGAAGUGAUGAGCUCACUGAUUAGAGAACUGGGUAAAGGUUAGUGUUCGGUUUCUCAGUUUUGUUCCUCUUCUCUGAUGCCUGCUUUUCUUUUGGGUUUUCCGGCUCUGUUUCUCCCUGCUCUUUUUUUCUCUCUCUUUCUCUGUUUUUUUUAUCUCUGUCUGACGCACAUGCAUUCUUCCACACCACACUCACCUUUGUUUUCUCUCUCUUUCCCUCGGUGCGAUUCCUAUAAUGGUGUUUUUGGCAGCCGCCUGAGAUAUUAAUGGAUCUUAUUCAGAUGGGUUUGAAUGGAAGGCGGCAGAAUUACAUUACAGUCUUAUCCAGUUGAAAAGAAGUCCCAGAACAAUGGCAAAAGGUCAACAUCUACAAAGGGCCUAACUCUUUCAAUGAUAACUUUUUUCAAUGAAAACCAAAGCAGAAUAUUUCUUAUUCAGAUCUCUAGGUUUUAAUCUAAUCUAUAGAUUUGAACUAUGCUGUUUAUGUGAACAUUUGAAUGAUCAGAUAAGGGCAGAAAUCUAAUUAUUGUCCAUAAGCCAAAAUAAAAAAAGGCCAAAAAGGAUAUACAGGGUUAUAUUAGAGCUUCGCAAGAAAGUGAUGUUGUGUAUGGGUCCUUGUGUAGUGUGUACUUUGAAACGAUACAUUCUGAUCUCAGAUGCUUGCGGUAAAAAGUAGAUGAGGCUUUAAUACUAAGGGCAAAAAACGAGCCAAAAGACAAAAGAGAAAAUCUGUGACAAAAAUGUAGUUAAAAAAAAAAAACAGAGAACACAAUACAAACGGAGCAAAACAGCUAACCAAAAAUCUAAGUCAAACACGAGGAAAAAAGAUGCCAAUACACGGAAAUACAAUCAGAAAGUGAAUGCUCUGUAGAUAAACAGUUUCGAUACUUCAUGUCAAUAAAAAUAAUAAAAAAACAAACAGGUUCAUAUACACGUACAGAUUAGUCACAGCUGAAAACCAUUCUAGAAUUACGGAGAUGAGGAGCAUGAGAAAGUGCAGCGAUUGGAGGCCAAACAUUCAAUGUUGUUAGAUGCAUUCUGGGGAUUGUAGUUCUGGAGCGACACAUGUCCAUUGAUGGGAAGGGGAAAGACAGAGUUAGGAACUACAGUGUCUGUAUCAGGUGUUACAUACUUAUAUAGGUGCCUUUAAAAGAAAUUGUGUCAAACUGAAUGGACCUUUAAGACGAGUCCAAACAUAAAAUCUUGUUGUAUUAAAAUUUUGAUUAUUACCACAAUCUAAAUUCUAACAAUAAAUACAUCACAAAAGAGUUGUAGUAACAUUUUGAAGAAUAGAAUACUUAAAUUGUAUUACCUUAACUUACCCAAACUUACUUGUAUUUCCUUACCCAAACUUAAAUUGUAUUACCUGUAUUCAGCAAUAGAGGGAGCUCUUCACCCUGCAAAUUGUGAACACGUAACGUAACUAGGCUGGAGGCAGAAUGAGGUAGAGGGCCACAGUGAACACACACACACACCAAACUACUGCUUAGCCUGCAAAGAAUAAACGUAUCCAAGCCAAUAGAGCCAAGUGCUGAGAAAACAUGAAGGAUCUAGAAUUCAUUUAGGAUCUUAAAUUAUUAUUUUUUUUGUAUAUUUAACAGUGUUCUAGAGUUCUAGAGGUGUGAGGUUUUGUUACAACAGUGAUGCCAGGCUGGUGAAUUCAGGUACCAAACUUGAAGACAUAUCUUGCCCAGGCUUUAUAGUUAUGUGAAUGAUUUGAAUAUGUCUGUAUAAAGUCUAUAUUGUGAACAUAAUCUGGCAAAAUACUCAUUUAAUCUAUGUGAUCUAAACCAAAACAACAGGCUUUGCAAGACUUCCAGUUGGAAGGACAGUCUGUUCAGGACAGUUUGGAACAUCAUGACAGGGAGUUCUGUGUGUUCAUAUAUUUUUGGCUUUAUGAGGGUACGUUUAGAGAUCUGCAUCAUCAUGUGCUGUAAUUAAUUAAAUCUCCUUGCUGCUGCAGUAGAUUUCUGCAUCUUAUCUUAAGGUCUAGUUUAGAUAAUACUAAAGGACUGCCAACAUCAGUUUGAGGAGCAUUCCCAAAAAGUUAGUGUUAGUGUUUGGUUUCAUUAGACUGAGUGCUCUGUGACUGGAAUAAUGCCAGUCCUUCCUCACAGCAUGUUAACUGUCUGUAUGCCAGACUUCCCUGUUCCUACAGCUUUCCUCACUUUUCAGAAAGUAAAGUCAGUGUUGUUCACAGGCUUCAGAGCAGGGAUGUAAGGUAAUAUGAAAUUAAUUAAUUAGUUAACAUGUAAAGAUUGGUGUCAGAAGUGGUUCAUUUAGUGUUGUGAUUAAACCCCACCCACUAAAUUGUACUAUGUCGUUAGACUUGGGUUCUAAUUGGAUGAAAAGUAAACUUUUAUUUAGAUUUUAUAAAUAUGAUAUUGGGUUUUUAUACUAUAGAGUUUUACUAAGGAUAGCAAUAUAUCGUAAUAUUGUUUAGAAUAUUGAAAUAUAUCAUGAUAUAUUGAAUAGAGAUGGAAAGAAUGAUUAGCUGUUUAUUGGUAUCUGCCUAUGUUCAGCCAGAAUAUGCAAUCAGCCACUAUUUCUCAAAUACCAUUCCGAGUUAUCAGGGUUCCCUCGGGUCCUUAAAAAGUCUUAAAUUGUCUUAAAUUUACACCGUGUUUAAUGCCUGUGGGAAGUUAGAUGCUAAUGCUUCUCCAGCAGUGCUAGUCGGGGUAAGCAGCAGGCUGCCGAUAAUACUCACCUCUGAAUGGUAAAAGAUCUAGCGGUUAGCGGCUAAUGCUAAUACUGCUCCAGCCUCGGGCUAAAUUAAAACUCCUGUGUAAUGCUGUACCUUACCUGACUUGUAAAAUUCAUACAUAAGCUGCACCGGAUUAAAAGGCGUACUGAUGAUUUUGGGGGAAAUUAAAGGAUUUUAAGUGCGCUUUAUAGUGCGACAAAUACGGUAAAUCUAAAAAUAAACAAUACAAUCUUGGCACAGAGUGGUCCAGCAGUCUAAAGCGCUGCCGCUAUGAGCGGGAGGUCACAGGUUUGAACCCCAUGCCAACACUCAAAGGGAGCAAAAUUGGCCUCUCUCUCCCCACAUCACUAAAGGGUGAUGUCUGCAGCACAGAGCGUAUGUGAGCUGAUGUAUCAAAACCGAGUUGCUGCGCUUUCCUCCGAGGGCGCUGGCUACUCGGUAAUGCUGCAUCAGCAGCAGCUCGAAAAGAAGCGGUGGCUGGCUUCACAUAUAUUGGAGGAAGCAUGUGUUAGUCUUCACCCUCCUGGUGUGUUGGGGCAUUACUAGCAACAGGUGGAGUCCUAAUGAGUGAGUUGGAUCAUUGGCGGAGCAGAAUUGGGGAGAAAAUGGGGUAAAAUUAGUACUGCAACUUUUGUAAGGGCACCUGGUAGCUUACAACAGAAAUAGAAUUUAGGCUAGUUUCACACAGCAGGAACAAAGUCUGAUCAGUUUUUUACCAAUUCCAAUAUUUUUCCAAUUAUAAUUUUUAAUAUGACUUAUUUCCGACAUUUAUCUGAACAGUUUACCUUCCUAAACUGACGGUCAUGCGCAAAACAGCAACGCUUCACAUGAAGUUUCAGUUUCAUCUUCUCCAGAAUCACAGGAGCUAUUAAAGAGUUUCAUAGAAUGACAGCUGGCCUAUCACCAGCAAUACAUUCCAGCUCCCUGUAAAAAUGCCAUGUUAAUUCAGCUACACCCCCUUCAGACAGUGGUAGCAAUACGUGCCUUUAAAUUUAGCCACACUUACCCACGCUGCUAUCCCACCACUAAAAACCUUACUCACUGUUCCCGUACAUUUUCCCUUUUCCUCACAGCCUUAACCCCGCCCCCUUUGUGUGUUGAGCUGCCCAGUGCUGCAUAAGGCUGUGUAUGGUUCAAUAUAUUGCAAUACAGUAUUACAAAAGAAAAUUUGCUUUGGUGGCAUUUUAAUGUCUUUCUUCUGCCAGCACUGGAGCAUUGUGUGAUGGAGACAUCAUAGCUGGUGAUUGGGAUAAGGAAUUGUAUAAUGUUCAUACCGUUUUUAUUAGUGGUGCAACUCUGUGAUCACUCUGUAAAAAGUCCAGCUUUGCACAAAUGCUGCCCAGGUAGACGUUGUCCUUUUCUGCCAAUAGGUGUUUUGUUUGGGAAAGCAGAUCCAGAAUUAAAUGCACCUGAAUUGAACACAAAUACAGCUCUGAAAAAAAUAAGAGAUUAAAAAAUUGAUGAGUUUCUUUUAUUUUACCAAAUUGAAAACCUCUGGAAUAUAAUCAAGAAGAAAAUAAAUGAUUACAAGUCAUCAAACUAAGCUGAACUUCUUGAAUGUUUGCACCAGGAGUGACAUAAAUUUAUUCAAAAACAGUGUGUACGACUGGUGGAGGAGAACAUGCCAAGAUGCACAAAAAAUUGUAAAGACCAGGGUUAUUCCACCAAAUAUUGAUUUCUGAACUCUUAAUACUUUAUGAAUAUGAACUUGUUUUCUUUGCAUUAUUUAAGGGUCUGAAAGCUCUUUAUCUUUUUUGUUAUUUCAGCCAUUUCUCAUUUUUUACAAUAUUAUUAUUUGGAAUUUGGGAUAAAUUGUUAUCUGUAGCUAAUAGAUUAAAGCAACAAUGUUCAUUUUACUCAAACACAAACCUAUAAAUAGCAAACUCAGAUAAACUGAUUCAGAAACUGAAGUGGUCUCUUAUUUUUUUUUCCAGAGCUGUAUAUUAGAACCUGCACCAGUAAUGCACAAGAAUAAUCAUAUCAUUACCCAGCACUCAUUUCACCUCUUCUGCAGUAUGAUUCUGUUUGAUUUGUUUUAAUCAGACGAGGGUCAUUGAGUCAUUAGUCUGUAGGCCCAGUGGAGAACACGUGCAACUGAAGUCUAGAAGUGUCUUUGAGCUCUGAUGAAGAAGAUGAUGUAUUUUUGUAACUCGAUGAAGCACUUGUGUACAUUUAAAUCUAUAAUCAGAAAAUUUGAUGUUUGUUUUCAUAAUCAAGAGAUGCUGCUUAGAGUUAUUUAUUAUUCUAUUUUUAAAUGUAAAUGGGCUAGUCUGAGAUGCAUCCCGCCCCCCUGUAGACAGUCAAACUGUCGUUCUAACGCUGUAUGUGACAUGCUAUAAUUACUAUUUAAUUAUCAUGAAUAUUAAAACAUAAAAAUGUU